ACACAUAAAGAAGAAGAAGAAGAAGAAGAAGGAGCCAGAAUGGCGCCCGGUGUUUCUCCCUGCGCCUGUAAAGGCGUCCGGCGGUGUCUCGUAUGUGAGAAGUUAAAGAGGAAAGAACAUUUGGAGGCGAAUGAACCGAAGAUUGUGCAUCGUUUCCUCUACGACCCUGAGACGGGGCUCGCCGUUUGCAAAGAUGCCGCCGCUGCAUCCUUCCCCUCUUUCCCCUUUCCUGGUGUCUUCCUGCGGGACGACUUCGUAUCAGAAGAGGAGGAGGAAAUGCUGAUAAGCGCGAUGGACCAGGAUGUGUGGAACGAGUCCCAGUCUGGUCGAAGGAAACAGGACUUUGGCCCAAAAGUUAACUUCAAGAAAAGGAAGGUGCGUGUCGGCGGGUUCAGUGGGCUUCCCGCUUUGAGCCGUGAACUGGUGCUCCGAAUGCAGCGAGAGCCGAGUCUAUCGGGCUUUCAGCCCGUGGAGCAGUGCAACCUGGACUACCACCCUCAGCGAGGCUCCGCCAUCGAUCCGCACCUAGACGACUCCUGGCUGUGGGGGGAACGCCUGGUCACCGUCAACAUGUUAUCCAGCACCACGCUCACCAUGUCCCUCGAACAGGGCCUGCCAGAGCUGGGACUGGCAGAGGAGGUCCACGUGGCUGUGCGUCUUCCUCGCAGGUCUUUAGUCGUGUUGUACGGCGAGGCGCGGCACAGGUGGAAGCACGCCAUUCGUAGGGAGGAUGUUCAGGAGCGCAGGGUUUGCAGCACCUACAGAGAGCUGUCUGCGGAGUUCCUCCCCGGAGGGCAGCAGGCGGAGCUGGGAGCUCAGCUGGUGAACAUUGCUUUGAGCUUCCAGGGAACGCCGAUAUAAGCUGAUAUGACGAUGCAGAGGAAGGCUGCGCUGCCAGAGGACCUUUACAGUUUGGCUAAGAGGAAGAAGGCCACAAUUCUUUGGCUGCACAUGGCGUAGCCUUUGAAAUAAAACAGCCUUGGUGUCCUUUAGUGACGGAUCUUAAAUAAUGGACUCACCUUUGGUCCUGUGGCUGUUAAAGGACCUGCAAGCUUUGUUGUGAAUAAUGUGAGGAGACUCAGUGCAGUUGUACAACAGAUUGGUAAAAUAUGUUGGAAAAUAAAUAUAUUUUUUAAUAUAUUAAACUCCAGAUCUAUGUUUUUAUAUGUAUUUUGUUGAGUUACAUCAUCCCAAAUCUUUCCAGCAACGUUGAAACCCGGAGAAACCUUUUAUUUUAUUCAGGUCAAUGAUGAGUUUUCCUACUUGCCUCAAGUUACCAGGUGAACACGCAGUGCCAGUACCCUGAUUCAGCACAACCCUAACACACAGAGACGCAGUUACACAGGCCUCUCCAGUGUUUCUGUAUGCAGUCCAAAAACUGAGCUUUCUAGGGGGGCUUCUGGCUUUUUAUUGUAUCCCCCUCCAAGAAAAUACUGAAGUCCAUACCUUGAUUAACUCAGUGGUAGGUACACCCAUGCUCAACAGAAGUCACAUUGUUUCUCCAGUAGCUUGUUUACUUAUUACAAACCUGUUGUACUGGCUUUGGCCCAUAAUACCUGUACAUUUAUGUUGCACCCUCUCCAGGUUUCCUCCCAGGGUCACAAUUUUCCCAUUUUCCUUUUGAUAAUCACAACCUGUUUCUGGCACUGUGCUGUAAAAGUCUGACAACAAAAGUACAACUACACCAAAUGUCACAUUCUGGCAUGAACGCAAUGCAGAAGAAAGUUAAAAGAAAGAAAUACUCCAGCAAAUUUCAGGCAAAAGGUUGGCAUCCUAACUUCCACACAAGCGGUAAACACUGAGGCCCAUACGUUGGUGACCUCAGUCGUGGUACCCAAUAAGAAAAAAGAGAAAAUCAAAAGUUUAUUUUAUUUCAGGCGCUGUGAACUGAAGGAGGAGGUUGGUGAAUAUAACUGAACUUUAAUAUUACUGCUUCCAUGAACAUGAUGGAAUCAGCAAUGGUUGUUGUUGAACAAGGAUUUAUUAUAUAGGAUAGAGAGAGGAGACGACCAGCAGUAAAGGGCCGGACUCGAACUCCCAUGAUCCUAUGCUACUUUACAACUUCAUCUUUUGUUAUUGUUUUGAUGUGAGCGACUCCCCUAGUGGCAGAAAUUCCAUACUGUGUUUAAAUUGCUGUUUAAUUGUGUCGUUCAUGAUACUGUCACUAGGUGGCGCCAACUUAACCUUCAAAUCUUAAACUGCAAGGCUCCUACUACAUCCUCUACAAACACAUAAUGAGAUGACAGAAACAAAUAAAUUAUAUCAAUUAUAAUUAUGUAGAGUAUAUAAAAACUGAAAAUCCAGGAUUGUUUUUGAAUGUCUUAACUGGUUUUAUUUCAUUAUUAACGGUUGCUCGCCCGUCUGAAGCCUCAUUUGUCGAGUGCCUCAGAUACAGGGGCAAGAAGGAGGCCCGAAGACUCAAGACCAGCUGUCUUUAGAAGCUGUAUUUUUCCCGCCAUCUUGUUAUAAAAAAUAAAAAUAUUUUCCGCUUCACACA